AUGCUUUUGCUUAGAGCUUCUCUUCUAUUUCUACUAGUGAUUUCUGUAGCGCGAGCAGAUCUUAAGUGUCUCAAAACGUGCAAGGAGUACGUUAGAUAUUGGGAUAAAGAGCAGUGUGCACGCGAAUGCGACGCGCAGACGUUGCGUUGGUGCCUGAAUCGCUGUGAAACGUGGCCAGAUAGGAGCGAUGUACCUAAAUGCAUAAAGACCUUCCCGUUGUCUUGCUUAGAAUUUGUGCUCUGAAUAGAGUUCGAACGAUAAAGAUUUUCUCAGC